UUUAUGGCAUUUGGUAAGAGUCAUCAAAAAAAGAAACAACAUUAAGCACAAAGAGAGGUUUUUUCAAAGAAAUGGUGGUUUAUUAUUACAACAACAACAACUAUCUACAGGGGAAUUUAUUGUUGAGAAAACAAAAUUGUUUAACUCUGAGGAAUUAGAGAAGGCAACCAACAACUUUGACAUGGAUAGAAUCAUUGGCCAAGGAGGUCAUGGCACUGUUUACAAAGGUAUGUUGACAGAUGGAAAAAUUGUUGCUAUUAAGAAAUCAAAAAUAGAGGAUGAAGGAAAAAUUGCAGAGUUCAUCAAUGAAGUUGUCAUCCUUUCACAAAUGAAUCAUAGAAAUGUGGUCAAAUUAUUGGGUUGUUGUUUAGAGACCGAAGUUCCUCUUCUAGUUUACGAGUUCAUACCUAAUGGUACUUUAGCUCAUUACCUCCAUGACCACGAAAAAGAGUUUCAGCUAACAUGGCACAUGCGCUUAAGAAUUGCUUCAGAAGUUGCAGCAGCACUUUUUUACCUACACUCAGCAACUGCAUCUCCAGUUUACCAUAGAGAUAUCAAGUCCACAAAUAUAUUGUUAGAUGAAAAAUACAGAGCCAAAGUUGCAGAUUUUGGGACUUCGAAAACAGUUGAUGUUGACCAAACUCAUGUCACAACACUUAUUUAUGGAACAUUUGGUUAUUUGGAUCCAGAGUAUUUUCAAACAAGCCAAUUUACUGCUAAAAGUGAUGUUUAUAGCUUUGGAGUCGUUCUAGUUGAGUUGUUGACAGGUGAGAAAGCAAUUUCUAUUACAAGGUCCAACGAAGGCAAGAGUCUAGUCACAUAUUUUCUCAUUUCAAUAGAAAAUAAUAAUCUUUUUGAGAUUCUUGAUAGUCAAGUUAUUAAAGAAUCUCAAAAUCAUAAUAAUGAUCAAAUUUUGGCAGUUGCUCACUUAGCAAAGAAAUGCUUGAAUUUGCAUGGAAAAAUGAGACCAACGAUGAAAGAAGUUUCAAUUGAGAUAGCAAGAAUCCAAAUGAUCAACAAUGGUGAUGAUUGUAAUGCUCCACAAAAUGCUGAAGAGAUAGAAUAUGUAAGAACUGAACAAAUUGAGCCUUGGGAUUUUUCUUAUACCACAACCAAUUCUGCUAGUACGAGUUAUGCUUCUCCUUCAACUUUCAUUGAACUACCUCUGUUAUCUUCAAAAACUCCGUGA